AAUGGCGGCCUCCUGAGACGGCGUGCGUGUCAAUAAUCCCUCCACUGAACUUUUCAGUGCUGUGUUUGUAAAAGACUAAGUUUGUUAAACUCCUGGCAUCACACAGAAGAGCAGAAAAUGAAGUUAAAAGUCAAGCCUCUGUCUCAUAAAUCGGAAAACACUUACCGGUUUCUUACAUUUUCCGAGCGGCUCGCAAAUGUAAACAUAGAUGUCAUCCAUCGCAUUGAUCGGACAGGAAGUUACUCUGAGGAGGUAGACACCUACUUUUAUGAAGGCUUGACGAAAUGGAGGGACCUAAAUCUGACAGAACACUUCACAACCUGUCUGAGGGAGGUGAUGCACAAGAGUCAGUCCUUCAACAUGCUGGUGUUUCACCAGAAGGCUGUCGUGGAGAGUUUAAAGACUCAUCUGUCAGUGAAGAACAGCUUAGCUUACCAACCUCUUCUGGAUCUUGUGGUCCAACUUGCACGAGACCUCCAGAUGGACUUUUAUCCCCACUUUCCUGACUUCUUUGUGAUCAUCACCUCAUUGCUGGAGACACAAGAUACAGAAGUGCUGGAGUGGUCCUUUACCUGCCUUUCCUACCUAUAUAAAUACCUUUGGAGGCUGAUGGUCAAAGAUAUAGACCGAGUAUAUAGUCUUUACAGUAAACUCCUGACACACAAGAAAGAGCACAUCUGCAAAUUUGCAGCUGAGAGUUUCUCCUUUUUGAUGAGAAAGGUUCCAGAUUUUCAUGCUUUGUUCACAAUGAUGUUCAUGGACCUGGAGAAGCACCCUCAGAAGACCCAGGGAGUAGGGCAGCUCAUUUUUGAGAUGUGUAAAGGAGUCCGUAACAUGUUCCACUCCUGCGCCAACACUGCUUUGCCAGUGGUUCUGCGAAAGCUUGGUCCAUCUGAGGAGGGUUGUGCUGUUCUCCCUUGGGAUGCUGUUAAAGAGGCCCUGGAUCAAAUGGCAGAGUCUUCAGCCAAUUAUGUUUUGAAGGAGAACUUCUUGGUCCUUUGGGAUUCCUUACAGGGUUGUGUGAAAGACCUGUUGCUGAGGCUGGUGGCAGGUGACCCUAACCAAGUUAGUGAGCACAUGGAAAGGAUCUUGUACAUUUACCACACACUGGUGGAGCAUCGAAAAGGAGCCAAGAUCACCAACCCACAGUCUGUCUGUGAGAUGCUGGUCCAACUGGUCCAGACUUCAGGCAUGUCCUACUCUUGCUGCCAACUACUUUUACAGGUGGUCUCGUCUUUUCUGCUGGGGGAGAAUGUGUCUUUACCAGCCAGCUUUACUCAGGAACUGGUGAAAAAGGUCUUCUCCAGUGGGAUGGAUCGGGAUCUCAUUCUAGGAUUUACCAAGGAGAUGUUAGAUAUGAAACAAUUUGAGCAGCUCUUUCUGCCCAGUCUGCUCCAGUUUGUGGAGCAGCUCUUCUGCAGUGGGGACUCUGUGAGCAGACUGCGCGCUCUGGAGUUGCUGGUCAGACUGAUCCUGGCUAAAGCCCAGCCGCCCACUGAUGGCUCCAUGGCUUUUGAGAAGUACCCACUGCUCUUUACAGGACAGUCUGAAGGGUUGAGUGGUGUUCAGAAGGCCCAGCCAGGAUCUGUUCCUCAGCUCAUCCUUUCGCUCAUAGACAUCCCCGUGGAGCGACCCCUGUCGGAUCUCUCGCAGUCCUGGGCAGCCUUAGUGCUGCUGCCACAUAUCAGGCCCCUGGACUCAGCUAGUGUGAUUCCUCCUCUCACUGCUCUGCUAAACAGAUUGUUACAUGAGGUUCUCAGUGAAACCCUUGGCAGAGGAGGGCUAUUUGUGGCUAGGCAAGCCCUAACAACCCUACUAAGCUUUAAGGAAACUUCACUGGUACUGUCUCUGCUCCAAGAUGAGCUUGUCAGGCGCGUCAUAGAGAAAUUCCCUACUGAUCUCUCUGCACUGCUGCUGGCUGACCUGUAUUACACUCGAUUGUCACUCAAUGGCUGCUCCGCCCAGCUGUCACACAGUUCCCUGCUAGAACUGUAUCAUAUUUUGCACUCCAAUUUCUCUUCCAACAUCUCUAAGAUUCGCCUUCUGACCUUGAGAAUUAUGUCCCACUUUGAGGUGGAGCUUCCCAAGCCAGUUGAGGGGGAGGACAGCUCUAGCACGCAGACUGUAUUUGCCAUCUGCCUGCAGGCUGAGCAGAUUCCAGCUACAGUGCAGGACUACAGAGAGAAACUGCUGUACUUGCGCAAACUGCGCCAUGACCUGGUACAACCCUGCCUUCCGCAAGGACCCUUCUGUGAGGUUCCACUGCGGUAUCUCAUUGCAAUGCUGUUUGUUAAUUUCAGACCUUUAUGGGAUGCUAUCAUUGAGUUGCUCACGUCACACGCCAGAGACAUGAACAACAAGGAUUUCUGGAAGGUCUACUAUGAACAUUUAGAGAUGGUUGCUGGGCUGUCUGAGAAUCAACUCCAGAAGGAGGAGGAUGAGGACGAGGAGGAGGAUGGUGGUGGUGGUGGUGGUAAUCCAAAUGAUGGCUCAGGACAGGCGCGAUGCCAAGGCACAGAUGUCAUAGACAGUGGAGAUGUAGGAGUUUUGUUUCUAGAGGAGCUGGAGCUGUCGGAUAGUUCUAGCGACCGCACAGAUUUCACCAACUUCCGCAGCCUGCUGUGGAAAGCCAUGGCCCAGUUCCCCGACAGAGUGGAACCACGCAGCCGUGAACUCAGCCCCCUGCUGCUGCGCUUUAUCAGGAAUGAGUUCUAUCCAGUUGACCUGCUGGUGGCUCCCACUCAGAACCUGAUGAAGAAGAGCUGCUCUUCAUCACAACAGGACAUGCCUGUGGCUGAAAAAGAGGAUGUGAUCAUGACGGAGAAAGAGGAAGAGGAGGACGAAGAAAAGGAAUCCAAACAGGCAGAGAGAAGAUUACCAAGAAGAGCUGCAGCCACGCAUCUUAUUGCACAUCUGAGGGUCUUCUCCAAAUUCACCAACCCCAAAUCUUUGUACCUGGAGCCUGACUUACAUGAGCUUUACACACAGUUACUGUGCCACAAGGAUCAGCAGAUCCAGAAAUUGGCUCUGGACUGUAUGAUGACAUACAAAGACCCAAACAUCCUCCCUUACAAAGAGAAUCUGGAAAGGCUGCUGGAUGACAAGUGUUUUAAAGAUGAGAUUGUUCAUUUCAACGUAUCUGAGGAGGGAGCCGUGGUGCUGGCCUCACACCGUCCCAAGCUCAUCCCUGUGCUCAUGAGGAUCUUGUAUGGACGGAUGCGCACUAAGGCUGGUAAUAAGUUCCAAGGUAAAGCUAUGGCUGCCUCGAGAUCCUCCAUCGUUUUGCGCUUCCUUGCAGGCUGCCAACCUGAGGAGUUGGCCAUGUUUAUGGACCUGUUGCUGGAACCUGUUGGCCACCACAGCCAAGGAGUAUGUCUGGCAGCAGUGGAGAGGUCUGUAGCUGAGACCGUCCCCUAUGCUGUUCUUCCUCUGGGUCAGCAGCACGGCCUGCUCAAUGUUAUAGAUAUGGUGCUCAACAAACUGGGCCACAGGAUCCACUCCUACCUGCCCAAGCUGCUGCAGAUUGUGUUGUGUAUGACUGCAUCUGUGGCCUGCCUGCUGGAUCACAGAGAGCAGCUGAAGGCUGGCUGUAUCAAACCUUUGAGGAACCUGAGGCGACUGGGUCUUCUGCGUGUUCAGGACUUCUUUGACAACUUUGAUUUCUAUAGCUUCACUGCAGAUGAACUGGACGCUACAUUCCAGGCUGUGAUCUGGCCUCAGGUGUGCCGCUUGGCCACUGAGAGCCCGUAUGCUCCCACACAGCUCCUUAAGCUCAUCCAUGUCUGGAGCAAGAACUCCAGGUAUUUCCCUUUGCUGGCUAAGCAGAGACCUGACCACCCAGAGUGUGACAUUUUGCUCAAUGUCUUCACGCUGCUGUCCUCCAAGAACAUCUCUGUCAGCACAGCAGUCAUGGUGGUGGACAUCUGCGAGAACUUGCUGAACACACCAGACUUUGAACUCUCUGAGACUGUGACAGAGCUGACGGUCAACAACUGUGUGAUCCCAGAGUAUGCCCAAAACUCUGACAUCAGCACAGACUCUUUGCCUGUAGGUUCAAGGCUGCUCUUACCUCACAUCCCGGCUGUGCUGCAGUACCUCAACGAAGUCGUGCUCAACUCAGAUCGCAUCAAAAAGAAGAAGUUCCAAGCUCAAGUCAGCAAGGAGCUUAGUAUACUCUCCAAGAUCAGCAGAUUUGUCACUGACAAGGAACAGAGCUCAACGCUCAUCAGUCUUCUGAUUCCAUACCUCCACAAGCCGAAGAUUGCUCAGGAGACUGAGCUGGACAUUCUGGGUACAGUGCACAACUUGUUGAAGCAGUGCUCAGAGCCCAGUGUCUUCCUGAAGCCUCUGAGUAAGCUCUUGUCAGUCAUCCAAAACAAGGUGUCCCGCCAGGUGCUGUGCGAGAUCUUCCAGACUGUGUCGGAGCUGGACGGUGAACUGAAAUACAUUACUGAUGUUGUUAUGGAGCUCAAUGCCUUUGACAGCCGGCAUCUGGAUGAGAUCCACUUUGACGUCCGCCUGAUAGCUUUCCAGAAGGCCAUUAAACACAUCAGUGUGAUGAGCAUCCUGGACAUGAAAUACCUCACUGCUGUCAUGCACAACUGCUUCCACUCCUUUGAGAUUGGAGACAUGUCUCUGGCAGACAACGCCACCCUGUGUCUGUCAGCUGUAAUUACCCAACUGGGUGUAGUGGGCUGCCCUGAGGAAGAGUAUAAGGACAUUGUGCAGUGCACUGUGCUGGUUGCACUGAAGAGGGGGCUGAACAGCAAGACAGAGAGUGUGAGGAAUGAUUACACCACGGUUCUGGCCUGCCUGGUUAAAACCUUCCCUAACCGCUCAGAGUUCAGGGACCUGGUGCAGCUCGCCAACUACACCGACCCGGAGUCUGACUUCUUCGAGCACAUGAAGCACAUUCAGAUCCACCGGAGAGGACGAGCGCUCCGGAAGCUUGCUAAGCAGCUGAAUGAAGGCACAGUAGUAAUGUCCUCCCAGUCUAUGCAGAAUUACAUCAUGCCCUAUGCCAUGACUGCUCUGUUUGAUGAGAAACUGCUCAAGUAUGAAGGUAUGACCUCCGCUGCAGUUGAAGUUGUUGGAGCAGUGUGCAAGCGCCUUACCUGGUCCAAGUACCUCUACUACCUCAAGCACUUUAUCCAUGUGCUACAUGUGGGAUUGGCUGAGCAGAAACUGGCUGUGAGUUUGCUGGUGACAGUUCUGGAAGCCUUCCACUUUGACCACGAGACUCUGAGCAAAGAAGUCGAGGCAGCCAAAAAAAAAAAGGCAGAUGAGCCAAACGCUGUGGAUGGAGGGGCAGAUGAAGAUGGCCAAGCGGAUGCCAUGGACUCAGGUGAGAGUGAUGCUGAGGAUGCCAUGGAGACCAACAAUGCUGAAGCUGUAAAAACUGUGGCCGAUGCCAUGGAUACAGAAGUCAGUGAUUCUGCCAAGCAAAAAGAAGGCAGUGACAGUCAGCUGAAGAGCGCGGCCCCUGUUGUAAGCAGCGGCCUUCCGCAGGACAAAGAGGAGUUGGAGGCUCUCAUCUCCUCCAUUUAUAGCACUGUCUCUCAGAGCAUCCUGCCCAGGCUACACAAGUGCCUUACAGCCAAGGUGAAGAGAGAUGAUGAACAUAAGACUGUGAAGUCGAAGGAUGUGAAGGAAGAAGAAGUGGCAAGAGUGCCCAUUGCCUUUGCUAUGGUCCGACUCAUGCAGUCUCUUCCUCAGGAAGUCAUGGAAUCCAACUUGCCUGGGGUUCUCCUCAAAGUGUGUGUCCACCUCAAGAGCAAAUUCCAGGAGAUCCGUGAUGUAGCUCGAAGCACUCUGAUCAAAAUUAUCGAAGCUCUGGGACAUCGUUACUUACAGUACCUUCUCAGAGAGAUGCAGGGUGUCCUUGUGAAGGGCUACCAGAUACAUGUGCUGACCUUCACUGUGUACCACCUGCUCACAAUCCUGAAACCAGCCUUGCAAGCAGGAGACCUUGACCCUUGUUUGGACAUACUAGUAGAGAUCUUUAACAACGAGCUGUUUGGGUCACUUGCUGAGGAGAAAGAUGUCAGAGGCAUUGUUUCUAAGGUGAUGGAGGCCCGUCACAGCAAGAGCUCUGACUCGUAUGAGCUGUUGGCCCAGUUUUGUAGCCAGGAGCGAGUCACUCAACUGAUUGUGCCACUCAAAGAGGUGUUGGAAAAUACAACCAGUCUGAAGGUGUCCAGACGAGUGAACAGUGUUUUAAGGAGAGUGGUGGCUGGGCUUCUGUUGAACCAGAGCAUGACCCCUCAGUCCAUUCUACUGCUGUGCCAUGGCCUGGUCAGUCAGAGCCUGCCCCUCAUCACCAGCAAGAGCAAAAAGAAGCCUGCUCCUCCUCCGGAUCCCCGUCUGCCUCCUCCCAGCUGUCUGCUGUUACCCCCCACUCCAAAGAGAGGAGGCGAGAAAGCAGCUGUGAGCAGCAAGACCAACAUGCACAUCCUAGUGAACGCUGGGCUGAAACUGCUCCACUCUAGUUUGAAAAGUUCUAAGAUCAACUCCUCUGUGCCAUCAAUACGGGAGAUGUUGGACCCAUUUGUCUCCCUUCUGCUGGAUUGUGUCAACUCCAUGCAUGUGAAGGUGAUCACGGAGGGUCUACAGACUUUUAUCUGGAUCUUGAAGUUUCCUCUGCCUGCCUUGGAGCAGACAGCUGAUAACCUCACCAAGCAGCUCUUUGUUCUGCUAAAGGAUUACGCUAAAGCAGGCGCUGGCCGAGGGGAGAACUUUGAGCUGGUCCAGAACUGCUUCAAGGCUAUAACUGUCCUAGUGAAGAGUGUGACGAAACACCGCAUAUCUGAUACACAGCUGCAAGUGCUACUGGGAUAUGCGGAGGAGGACAUCUAUGAUAAUUCUCGUCAAGCCACUGCGUUUGGACUGCUUAGGGCGAUCUUGUCCAGGAAGCUGGUGGUGCCAGAGAUGGAAGAGGUGAUGAAGAAAGUGGCCAAACUGUCUAUUAAUGGAUCAAAUGAGCAAGUGCGUGUUCGCUGCAGACAGAUCUACUUGAAGUAUCUUAUGGACUAUCCACUGGGGAAGAAGCUGAGGAAUCAUUUUGACUUUAUUGUUGCUCAGCUCACUUAUGAGUAUGACACUGGAAGACAGUCUGCCCUCGAGAUGAUGGCCUUCAUUUUCCAAACAUUCCCUCAGCCUCUUCUACUGGAGCACUGUGGUCUGUUCUUUGUACCUCUGUCAUUGGUCAUGGUCAAUGAUGAUUCGGCACGCUGUAAGAAAAUGGCCUCUCUCGCGAUCAAAUCACUGUUGGGUCACUUGGACGUGAACAAUCAGAAUGCCAUGUUCACCUUGGUCAAUAGCUGGUUGACCGGAGAGAAAAUGGCUCUGCGGAGACUGGGGGCUCAGGUGUGUGGGCUUUUUGUGGAAGUUGAAGGAGAGAAAUUUAAUCGCAGACUGGAUUCUCUGCUGCCUCUUAUAGAGAAAGAAAUUCACGCUGACAACUUUGAAGAAAUUGAGGAAGAAGAGGAUGAGAAAGCUGCAGACAGGUUACUCUUCUACUAUCUCACUCUUAUCACCAAACUCAUCAAAGACUGCGACUUUUUGGAGCUCCACAAACCUACUGACACGCUGUUUAACAUCUGGCGUCACAUAGAGGCUCACCUGUACUACCCUCACUCUUGGGUGUGGCUAACUGCUUCUCAGGUCUUUGGCCUGCUGUUUGCUGCCCAUAAACCUGAGGAGCUCCUGUCUCUGUGGCAAUCUAUAGAGAAAGCCCCCAAAACUAGCCAGUCUGUGGCCUCCUCUUUCCUGGCAACCAACUUGGACCAGAAGAUGAGGGAACUGGUCUUGUCAUUCUGUCACCAGCUACAGUCCAAGUACCUGGACAUUGCUGCUGGUGAGCAGGUAAUAAAGAACCUACUCUUCAUAGCCAAGGUGAUCUAUCUUAUCUCACCUGAGUCUCACUCGGUAGAGAAUGAGAAAGAAGUGGAAGUAGAGGAUGGAGAAACAGAGGACAAAACAGAAGAAGAGGAAGAGGAGGAAGAAGAUGAAAAAGAGCAGGAGCAGAGUGUAGAGGAUAAGAAACGGCCACCAUCUGUGCUGUGGGUGAUAAAGAAGCUGUCGCUGUUGGCUAAAAGAGAAGCAGCUGAUACACCCAAAGUGCCACUAAAGAGAACAUGUGUGUUUAAGUUCUUGGGGGCCUUGGCUGUUGACUUGGGAAAAGAGCGUCUUGGUCCUUAUCUGACCACCAUCAUUGCUCCACUGUACAGAGAACUGGACAGCACAUAUGCAGACCAAGACCCCACACUAAAGAACCUGGCGCAAGAGCUCAUUGAGCUACUAAAGAAGUUGGUGGGUCUGGAGAAGUUCUCACUUGCCUUUGCUGCUGUGCAAAAGGAGGCCACACAGAGACGAGCCUUGCGUAAAAAACAUAAGGCCCUGCAGGCUGUUGCCCAUCCUGACAUCGCUGCUAGAAAAAAGAUCAAGAAGCACCAGAAGAAAAGUGAGGCUAAGAAGAGAAAAAUUGAGUUUUUGCGGCCAGGAUACAAAGCAAAGAAGCGCAAAACCACCUCCCUGAGGGACUUGGCUAUGGUGCAAUGAUCUAUUCCCUGUUGCUUGGAAACCUUUUAACUUCUGGAAAUGGGUAAUUAAAUGGCCAAUUAAAUGGCCAUCAGGCUUAGAUUGCCAUGUAUCUGACUACAUAGAUGGACUUAAAGCACUGGCUGAUGUUCCAAGUGCUAAUUUGAGAUUUGUUUCUGGCAAGCUUGCUUGUACGUUACAAUAUUCCACGGUUAGUGUCUGACCACAUACCGUAGAUUUGUGCAGUUUGUUUGUUUUUUUUUUUUAAUAAAAUGGAUAUGGAUGCCUUACUUAGGUGCUACAAUAAUGUAGUACAGUACAAACAUGGAUCAUUCAAGAAGAAAUUUAUUGACCAUAGAUUUGUGGUCUCAAUGGUACUGUCCACUGUACAUGCUUUUAUAUAAAUACGCAAUGACAAAUCCAUCGCAUACAAAUGACAAUUAGUCUUAAAUAACAAACCACUAAAAUUCCAAAGUUAGAUACCAAAGCUGCAAGACUGAUUUAGUAUUCAAAACGGGAAGAAGCGACCGUUAGGCAGGAGUGAAGAGUCCUGGCCAGUCAGGUACCAGGCCUUAAAAGGGGAAA